AUGGUUUCAUUAUUCGGCUGGGGCUCAAGCCCAAGCUCCGACGCAAGUCGAACAACACAAGAAAAGUCAACACCAGAACAACCUCAAGCUUCACCAAAAGAACCAGAACUCCUACCCUUUGAAACUCCGCGCCCCCCUCUCGCAUCAAACACGAACCUCAAGCUCCUCUUCGGAGGAAUGGUAUUCUCCGCCUUAACCGUCCUCGUCACGCGGCGCUCUUUCAACAAGAAACGCAUCGCCUGCAUCCCACCUUUCUACACAAGCUCUCUGUACCACCAGCCCCACUCAAACUCUGCAAUGGACGCCUUCGAGGCCCUCAACCUAGCCACUCUGAAUGUAAUUUCAUUCGGCAUGAUGGCCGGCGGAGCAGCCGGAUACGCUUUGAAUAUCAACAAUAUUGACGAUAUGCGGAAGUUCGUGCGGGCUGGUUUGCAGGGCGGCAGCGAUACACCCGUGAAGAGUGAUGAGGAGCUCGAGGAAGAAGUGACCGAGUGGGUUUCCAAGGUGCUCGGUGACAAGUUCGAGAAGCAAUUGGAAAAGGAGAAGAUGAAGAGAGCGUUCCAGCAGGCCCAAGCGGAUCAAGCUGCUAAAGAAAACUGA